GAUGCCGUCGUCGUAUUGCAAAGUUUUGUUGCAUCCGGGGGUACCUCGAAGACGAAGAGCGAGGACUCUUGUGACAGUUUCUUCUAUUUCAACAUUUUUUCUGGCGAAUUGUUGAUCACAACUCUGAAAUCAUUCUGAAAUAGCGAGGGCAACACCAACAAUUGCUCUUGCGCUUGUGCUACGAUUCAUGGAGAGCUCACAAGACUUGAACAACAUCGAGGGCGAUGGGGACGGAAGGAAGUCCUCCGCAACUUCAUUGCCUUGCAGCUCCGCGGGAUCAGUUGCUGAUAUUCUAUUGUGGAAGAGGUGGCACAUUUCCUUUGGUGUCAUUGUCAUUGCAACAGUUGCAUGGGUCCUACUUGAGUGGACCGGUUUACCAUUUUUAACAAUUUGUUCAGAUGUCUUGCUGAUUUUGAUCGUACUAUUGUUUCUCCACGCAAACUAUGCUGCCCUUAGAAACAACAGACAACCACCGGCAUUACCUGAGUUAGUAGUAUCAGAGGAGAUGGUUAACAAUGCAGCAGCUUCCCUUCGGGUUAAAAUCAACAAUGUGCUCCUUAUGGCUCAUGACAUCACUUUGGGCAAAGAUUUUAGAGUAUUUUUCAAGGUGGUGGUCUUUCUGUGGCUCUUGUCUGUCAUUGGCAGCACCGUUUCGUUUUUCACCCUGGCAUAUAUCGUUAUCCCUUUUUUAAUGGUGGUAGGAACACUGGCAACAAUUACUGUUCCUGUAUUGUACGGCAAGUAUGGUGGCUAUGUAGAUGAAUGCUGCGGAAUGAUCCACAAACAAUUUUCAAGACAUUACAGAAUAGUAGAUGAGAGUCUCUUCAACAGACUCCCGCGGAAUGCACCUAGAGAAAAAGAUUCAUGAUUCAAUUCACCUACUUGUGUGUUCGUUGUUAGGAAAUUAGCUAUUUCUCCAUAUUGUUAAGGGUGUUCAAUUUCUUACCUUCUUCCUCACAUGUAGGAAUCAUUUUUUGUAGUUAGAUGCUAUCCUGCAGCUCUGGAUUCACCUGUAGGCGGGGUGCUUUCAUUUGUCGGGACCCACGACUGAACCAGAAUGUACAUAGGCUUGUAUAAUACAUAGCUUGAGAAGUUUAUGGGCAGAUUUUGUCUUUAUUUAUUUAUUUAUU